UGUCCUCCCUCUGGGAGAAUGAGCCUGCCACUUCUUCCCCAGCGGUUGGUCGGGCUGUUCUGGCCCGCAGCACUGUCGGGGACGACUUAUCGGCAAGAAGACAGGGUAGGCAGACCUGGGUACCAGGGUCAGUGGUGCUGCAGUCACUGGGGAGGCACGCGCCCUGGAUGCAGCUGAAGUCUCCAGUGAAUAUUGAAUUGCUGAGAAAUUUGGGGAAAGACCAGCUGAAGUUCCCAUUCCAUGGAUCCCUUGGGUGCCCCUUCCCAGUUUGUGGAUGUGGAUACGCUACCCAGCUGGGGCGACUCAUGUCAAGAUGAAUUAAAUACUUCUGAUACUGCAGCUGAAACAUUGCAAGAAAAUACUGUUAGAUCACCUUUUCUUUACAACAAGGAUAUCAGCGGGAAAGUGAUUCUUUGGAAAGGAGACGUGGCAUUACUGAACUGUACAGCCAUUGUGAAUACCAGCAAUGAAAGUCUUACAGAUAAGAACCCUGUGUCAGAGAGUAUCUUCAUGCUCGCAGGACCCGAUUUGAAGGAGGACCUCCAGAAACUUAAGGGUUGCCGGACAGGUGAAGCAAAAUUGACGAAAGGAUUUAAUCUAGCUGCCCGGUUCAUCAUUCACACAGUGGGACCUAAGUACAAGAGCCGCUAUCGCACCGCUGCUGAGAGCUCCCUGUACAGCUGCUACAGAAACGUGCUACAGCUGGCAAAAGAGCAGUCAAUGUCAUCUGUGGGAUUCUGUGUCAUCAAUUCUGCAAAACGAGGUUAUCCUUUAGAGGAUGCAACACACAUAGCACUUCGCACUGUAAGGAGAUUCCUGGAGAUUCAUGGGGAGACCAUUGAAAAAGUAGUAUUUGCUGUCUCUGAACUUGAAGAGGCUACUUACCAAAAGCUGCUACCUCUGUACUUCCCAAGGUCAUUAAAGGAGGAAUGUCGAUCAUUGCCAUACCUACCUGCAGAUAUUGGAAAUGCAGAAGGGGAGCCUGUGGUACCUGAACGACAGAUUAGAAUAAGUGAAAAACCUGGUGCCCCGGAGGACAACCAAGAAGAGGAGGCUGAAGGCUUGGGAGUAGAUCUCUCUUUCAUCGGCUCUCAUGCUUUUGCUCGAAUGGAAGGAGAUAUUGAUAAGCAGAGAAGACUGAUCCUUCAGGGCCAGUUAUCAGAGGCAGCCCUGCAGAAGCAGCAUCAGAGAAAUUAUAAUCGCUGGUUGUGUCAAGCAAGAUCUGAGGAUCUAUCUGAUAUUGCUUCUCUAAAAGCCUUAUACCAGACAGGUGUUGAUAACUGUGGGCGCACAGUGAUGGUGGUAGUUGGAAGAAACAUUCCUGUCACAUUAAUAGAUAUGGACAAGGCUCUCUUAUAUUUCAUCCAUGUAAUGGAUCACAUUGCUGUGAAGGAAUAUGUAUUAGUAUAUUUUCACACACUGACCAGUGAAUACAAUCACCUGGACUCUGACUUCCUGAAGAAACUCUACGAUGUUGUUGAUGUCAAAUACAAGAGGAAUUUGAAGGCUGUUUAUUUUGUUCAUCCAACAUUUCGUUCAAAGGUAUCAACAUGGUUUUUUACCACCUUUUCUGUCUCAGGACUGAAGGACAAAAUCCACCAUGUGGACAGCCUCCACCAGCUAUUUUCUGCCAUAUCACCAGAACAGAUUGAUUUUCCACCUUUUGUCCUUGAAUAUGAUGCCAGGGAAAAUGGGCCUUACUAUACAUCUUAUCCCCCAUCACCAGAUUUGUGACCUGCCAUCUUUUAGCGCUACUGGUUUCCAGGGACGUCACUUUCUCCACGAAUUGCUACCUAUUGAAGUGAUAUUCAUUUUUGCUCUUCAGAUCCAGAGAGCCUUUUGUCCCCACCUCUCUGGUAUUUUUUUAUUGACUGUAUAUUUUCUGGCACAUAAGCAAUCUGAAAAUGGUAGGCCAUUCCGAACUGCACACUUAUUUUAAAUUUGUAUAUUUGUAUCAAAUGAAAAUGUUCAUUUUUAGAGGGUUGUUAAUAGAAAUCGGGGAGCAACUUUUGAGUAUCUUCAGUUUCCUGAGAGGACACUAGAUUCUCCGUUAGACCAGCCACCAAUGUUGUCCAUGCCAUCUCUCUAACAUUGCACGCUUCCUUUGUGUACUUCACUGUUUCUCAAAAUAUAUAGAACCAGUGUGUGCUGACCAUAGAUGCAUUGUUUGCUUCAGAUCCUGGCACUACAUUUUAUGCAGAUAAUUUGGUUAUGAUAAAAGAGAAUUGUCUGGGAUCAAGGAUGUGGAAAUGUAUUUGAUCAAAAUGCCAAAAUCGUUAGCAAAAUAUAGGUCUUAGAAUCUUACUGCACUAGUUAAGACAAAGAUUUAAGGACUAAAGUUCCUUGGAUUUAUGAUUUGUUAAGAUUGCCACUGUUCUGGUCUCAGUAGUGGAGGACAAUAAGACCAUAUCUUCCGCAUUUUUCCUAUAAUCAUGGGUGAUUUGGUUGCCUUAUUUUAGAGGACUUCACUUAUUAGUACUCUUAAGUGAAAGGUAUCUCUUAGACUCGAUCAGUGACCCUUUCAAGAGCGUGGUCUUCCCAGAGGUGUGAUUUUGUUUGGCUCUUAAAGCUACUCCCUCUAAGGACAUUUCCUCGCAGUGUCUCUUGAGUUGCCUACAUCAAUAUGGAGGAAGUUUGUUGCAGCAAAUGAAAUUCCAGAUCACAUUUGCCACUCAGACUCUAUUUGUGCCUUAGCUUGUUUAUGAAUAAGAACCAGAAUUACGAUUCCUACCUCACAGAGGUAUCCUAAGAGCAUUUAGAAAGGGCUUUUGAUGCCUUUGGGUGCAAAAUGCUAGCGGAGCUUAUCUAGGGUGUUGUUUCGGUCAGUCUUUAAAUGAUAAUAAAUAGACUUGAGGGUACUACCAGGCACUCCUCUUGUCCUUGGCACCUUCUGAGUCAUUUUUCUUUUCGUGGGACAAGAGCUGCUAGUGAAAAAUCCCAACCGUGAGGACCUCCUUCCUACUUUGUCCAGAAUUUCUUCUGGCCUGCUCCUCCCCCAAUGCCACACUUUAACAAGAGGCAUCUGUUAGCCAUUUUAAACAUUUCUUCUUGAAUUAAGGUCAAACCACUGUCAUUUCCGUCUGGUUGUCUUCAUAUUCCUUUUGAUUCCUAUGCCAUGCCCCUCCCUCAGUCCAUCCUGUACAUUGGUGGUUCAGGGAAGAAAAAGUAGAACCCUUCUGUUCCAGUGUGUUCAGGAUCAGUGCUUCCAAAGGUCCCAUACAUCUGUGCCCAAGUUAAUCGUUCAGUGGCGAUAAAGGAAACCUCCUCCUUUUAUGACAGAGAAAUUCCCCUAUAGUUGUAUUAGCCCCAUUCAAGCAACAGGGGGCUUUACAUUUCUUCGAUAAACCCUCUUCUCUUUUGUAUGUACUGGACACAUUUGCUUUGCAUCAUAUAUCAAAGCCACUUAGCUCCUUAUAUGUGCUUAUUUGGUAAGAGUUUCCUGUUAUGUUCCCUAGGUCAUCAGAUCCAGACAGCCAGUCAGUUGGCUGGUAUUAGGCUUCCUCCUUCCUCUCUGAUAGCACUGCUUUAAAUCCCUUAAGCUUUGAGCUUUAAAAAUCUGAAAAAUUAUCUUCAUCUUCUCCAGGCUAUUAUUAGAUCAGAGUUGGGGUCACUGGGAGCGGUCAUUAAAAAUAUACCACCUUUUCUUUUUUGAAAGUGGACUGGGCUACCUCCAGUUGGCAUCUGGCCUGAAUCAUUUCCUCUGUAGAUAAUAGAGGCUGCAAACUACUUUGCCGUUCAAAAGGAACUAAAAUUAUUGGAAAGAAUAAUUUGGAAAGAAUGUCCCUCUGCUAUAUUCAUAUGAGUAUAUUAAUGUCUAGUAACACAAGCAAGAUUCUACAUAUAGUGAAAUUCUGGUUCAAUUGAUAUCCUAGGGUAUAAAGGUAAUAUGAAAGUAUAUACAUGUCAGCCCCAUUUCACAAUUUAAUGGUGUCCAAAGAUAAGGGCUGUACUUUUCAGUGAAACUAAAUUUGGUAUGGGACCAAGCUCAUGCUUUUAUAGCUGCCUAGAGUGUUAUAUAAUGAAGUUGUUUCAGCGCAUAAAGUCCUACGAGGGGAACAUAGUGACCUUACGGUGAAAUGAUCAUGUAAAGUUCAGUAUGUAUCUGCCUUUGUCAACAGGUUGCGUUGUCUGGAUAACAUGCCAUUUUCCAGGGACACAUUAGAGGAUAAAAGGGUGACUGGGUGGAGAUGAGCACUAGCAUCUGAUGUUAAUUCAAAGCCCCACCAAGUCUUUGAUUUAAUCCAACUUCAGUCAUGCCAGAUGCUAGUCGAAUUGAGGAAGAAACAACUUCUAAAAUUUUAAUUUAAUUCAUUAAUUCAUCCAAGGCGUAAUAGGAUUUUUUAAACAAGUACAUUUCUUCAGCAUAUAUUUGGGUUCUUCUUAACUCCUCUAUAUCCAAGUUUCUUGCUAGCGAAAAUAACGUCUGGAAAAAAACUAUCUUUAUUAGACUCCUAAAGCUUAGAGAUCAAGUGGUUUCAAGAUUUUCUUUUCUUUAAUAUACAUCUUAUUUCACUGG